GGAACCUUUGAUCAAUCGUUACUAUCCCUCGUGUCAUAACCUGUUCAGUCGACGAUGGUGGGCGACUGGGUCGCGUACUUGUGGAUGGUUGCUGCCGCGGCAACGUUCUGUCUGCUGCACUUCGUCACGGCGCCAUUCGGUCGGCAUACGUCCUCUGCAUGGGGUCCGACACUCAACAACCGACUGGGCUGGUUUGUCAUGGAAGUGCCGUCGCUGGUGAUCAUGGCACGGGCGUGGUGGUUGUUUGUCAGCGAUCGAGAAAGCAACUUCGUCUGGCUCCCCUUUGCCCUGUGGACUGCCCAUUAUUGGAAUCGCGCAGUCGUGUUCCCUCUUCGGAUCAAAUCCACGCCGAAACGUAUGCCAGUGGUGGUUGUGGCCGCCGCCAUUGGAUUCAAUCUCGUCAAUGCGACGCUGAAUGCAACGUACCUUCUGUCCACCGAAGCCAUGUAUUCCUCUGCUUGGCUCCACCACCCAAGGACGUUGACGGGACUGGCGCUGUUUCUCAUCGGCAUGAGCAUCAACGUCACCACCGACAACCACCUUAUCUCCCUUCGGUCCAACGGUUCUACAGGAUAUUCCAUCCCGCGAGGGUUUCUCUUCGAGUAUGUCACCUGCGCCAACCUCUUGGGCGAGUGUAUCGAGUGGACUGGGUUCGCCAUUGCUACGUGGAACCUGGCUGGGCUGUCGUUCAUGAUCUGGACGUGGGCAAAUCUCGUGCCGCGCGCAGCGAGUCACCAUGCAUGGUGUGUGAAUGAAUUCAAAGACUACCCGAUAAAUCGCAGGCGGAUCAUACCAUUUGUGUACUGAUAUCGUGGCGGCUAAUGUACCUAUGCUAAUGAACCGAAUGUACCGGUGGUGUAGUUCGACCGACAAUAACCAUGACGAUAAGUUUCCAAACAGGAAGGGUGGUGUUGAAAAACACCA